ACACUGCACUUGGAGAAAACAAGGGAGACGUUUCGUAAUAUGAAGACUAACAAUGCAGUAAGGGACUUUUUCCAAAAGGUCAUGCCGGUGUUGCUGUUGUUAGCUCUGGUGUGCCCAACCAUGGCUUCUUCUUCUCCGGUGUCAGCAGUGGACUCAUGUGGGCCAGAAGUUGCAGCUCUCAAGCGCAGCAUAAGAAAACUGGAGAAUCAACUCUUGAUCGGGACUUGGCAGGUGGAGCACUUGCAGACACACAAAUACUUUCAGGCAUUUCAACCUCCCAAGUCCGAUCCUGAAACGGAAACAGCCCUCGGUGUAAACCACAGCAGCAGUGGGAUAUUAGACAACUCUAAUAUGAAACUGAUGAAUCCACUUCCACCAGCAGGAAACUUAAUUGUCCAUGACAAAGACUGUUCUGAGCUGUUUGACAGGCUGAAACCACCAAGUGGCUUUUACCGCAUCAGACCAAAAAUACACCAGGAGCCUUUUUUGGCCUAUUGCGAUAUGGAGGAUGGAGGAGGAUGGACUGUGUUUCAGAGACGUCGGCAUGGAAAAGUUGACUUCAACAGAGACUGGGUGGACUACAGAGAUGGCUUUGGUGACUUCAAGCUGUGGAAUGAUGAGUUUUGGUUGGGGAAUGAGCACAUGUAUUCUCUACUCUCAGAUGGUAAGAACCUAGUGAAGAUAGAUCUCAUGGACUGGGACGGGAAGAGAAGUUAUGCAUUUUAUAACAACUUCAGGAUCACUGACGAAGCCGACAAGUAUCGUCUCCAGUAUGGGCUCUAUAGUGGGCAAGCUGGAGAUGCUCUGAAAGGAGGUGGGGGGAUGGUGGAGCAGUGGUCUGCUGGCCUCAGUGGCAUGCAGUUCAGCACUAGAGAUCAGGACAAUGACCGUUACAUUCAAGGCAGCUGCGCUCAGGAGAAUAAGGCAGGCUGGUGGUUCAACAGAUGUCAUGCAGCCAACCUUAAUGGGAAUUUCUACCGCAAAGGGAAGUACAAGGGCCAGCAGGACAAUGGUGUGGUGUGGGGGACCUGGAGGGGCCUUUGGUAUUCCCUCAGACACACCACCAUGAAGGUGCGGCCUCUGGUUUUCUUGGAUGUCAUGGGCAGUGGAGCAGGAGAAAUGUAAACAUCACACUUCAUAUUCCCUUGUGUGUCUCAAAAGCGAGGGCAAAG